GACGAGUUUAUUUUACGUCUCGCGAUAGGACCGCGGGUUCUCUCGCGUGCCGUUAGCUUUGGGGCUAAUAGCUGAGGCUAACAACAGCGGAGAACGUUAAAGGGUUCAGUUUCUUUCGUUUGAAAAUAACCGCUCUGGUUCAGCUCAGUCGGACGGUUCUAUCAUGUGAGGAACAUGUUCAAAAAUGUGUUCGCCUCCGGUUUUCUGGUCAGAACUGCUCAUGUCAUUUUGACAUGGGUUGUUACGCUAAUACUGUUCUUACACGACACGGAGCUGAGGAAGCAGGAGGAGAAGGGUCAGCUCUUCCAGCCCAUCCUCUUCGUCCUUCUCGUCCUUGUGUCUGUGCUCCUCUACUUUGCUGUUUCUCUGAUGGACCCAGGCUUCAUUCUGUCUGAUGACGGCCACUCGGAGCAGUUCACACUGGGAGUUACUGAGGAGCAGCAGGACAUGAUCCCGCCCACAACCAAGUCUCUCCGACAGCGCCGCUGUGGCCACUGUCUGCUGCAGCAGCCAAUGAGAUCGAAGCACUGCCAGACGUGCCGACAUUGUGUGCGUCGUUACGACCAUCACUGCCCGUGGAUUGAGAACUGCGUGGGCGAGAGGAACCACCGCUGGUUUGUGCUGUAUCUGGCCAUGCAGCUGCUGGUGCUGCUGUGGGGGCUGCACAUUUCCUGGACGGGUUUCGGCUACGCGCCCACCUGGCAGCUGUGGAUGCGCGGCAAUGGUGCCCUGCUGGCUGUGACGGCGCUGCUGGCACUACUGUCGCUCGUCGUGUUGCUGCUGCUGGGCUCUCACCUCUACCUGGUGUCUCUCAACACCACCACCUGGGAGUUCAUGUCGCGCCACCGCAUCUCCUACCUCAAACACUGCGGUGCAGACGAGAACCCGUUUGACCGUGGCACUUUUUACAACCUGUGGGGUUUCUUCUGCGUCUGGGGCACAGUGGUGUGGGAGCAGGUCUACUUCAGGGAGGGCAACGACCCGGUGUAGGAACAAACAGAGCAACUCCACCCCCUGCCUGGAGUGUUGAAGUCGUUCAAUGAUUUUCAUACUUCGUCCUUGAACAGGAAACACCAGCUCUGGGUCUUUUAUGGCAACAUUCCUGGUCAGUAUACAAACAUCUUCAGCAUCCAGCAAACCUGCAGCCACAACUGGAUCACAGUGACAUUUCACAGUUAGGUUUGGUCUAAAAAUAGUUACCAGUAUCAGGAUAUUUCAAGAACGUCUCCUGCAUCUAGACCAUAUUCAGAAAAACAUUGUGUGUGGACAAAGUUAGAGAAGCUCUGGAGAUGGCAGUGAGAAUCCCGUAACACCGGUUAUUACAGAACUGUUAGCAGUCCAGCGAGUCUUUUGCCUUCGUCAGAACUGUCACCAGGUGUCAGGUGGUGACGUGCCUCAUCAGUUGAUGUAUGCCUCCAGCUGUCAAGCCACUCCCCCGGCGUCAGCACUCCAAGUGUGGGACGCCGUGUACGCUCCCUCGUCCCCGUUCUUAAUCCUGUGUGCAAAUGUUCUUAUUUCCACUGCCUCCAGGAUCCAUCGUUGGUAUCAGAUUUCUUCAGCGAGAAUCUUGCAGGAAGUUCAUGCCUCUUUAACAUCAGCCGACAAGUCACCUCACCACCUGACAUCUGGUAACAGUUCUGAGGAAGUAGGAAGACUUGUACCGAAACUGUUGACACAAAUAUUCAUGGAAACAUAUUACCGACACACGCCCCAAGGCCUGGGAGCCAUAACGGGAACCUGACUGCAGUCAUUCAUACAGGCCAGUAAAAAUACUUCAAGGAGGCGAGGGAUACUUUCUCUUGGUUAUUUGGCUGUUUACAAGAAAUUCAGAAAUACUUGACAAUCAUUGACCAGUGGGGCUCCUCUGGAUCACUCUAAGAACACGUAAAAGUAAAGUGAAGUGGAAAUGAAGAAGGGACUGAAGAGCUAGGGACCACAAACAAACAAAUGGAGGCGACAGGAGAAACACACCUUCAAAGAUCAAUUUGCUUUGGGUGUGAACGCUGAGAAGCACAAAUCACAAUUGCAAAU